CCAAGAACCUUCAUCAUGGGGAGAAAUACUUGUAAAAGCAGAGCCAGAGUGACCUUCCUGCUGCUGCUGCUGGUGGCUUUGGUGUCCAGCAGUCUGGCAGCGGAGAACAUUGCCGCCGAUGAGGUGGACCGCUUCUGUUAUCCAGACUCGAAGCGGGACACGCGGCACUCGUGCGAGUGCAACAACGUGAGUGCCGCGCCCUGGGGCAUGCGAGCGCUGCGCAUCGAUUGCAGCUACAAGGAAUACCGCACGGCGGACCUCUCGGAGCUGCUGCCCCUCUACAUAGACACGCUGGACCUGUCGUGGAACGCGCUGGACAAGGCGCCAGGCUUCAGCAGCGACAGCCUGCACCAGCUCAAUCUGAUGCACAACAACAUCAGCCAGCUGAGUGGCAACAACUUCGCGAGGCUCGCCAGUCUGCGGGAGCUGUACCUCAGCUGGAACAGCAUUUCGCAGGUGGAGGCGCAGACCUUCGCGGGUCUGCCCCAUCUGCAGGUGCUCGAUCUGGCGCACAACAAUCUGCGCUCGCUGCCGGGCCAGCUGCUGGCUCCGCUGCUGGUGCUCACCUCGCUGGACCUCUCCUGGAACCGCAGACUCAACGAGACGGCGCAGCUGCAGACGGGAGAUCUGUACAGGGAUCUGGGCAUCAACUGGAAGCUGAACACACUCCGCCUGGAUGCCUGCAGCCUGCGGCAGCUGCGCCUGCCCGCUGGGGCUCCACUCAAGGAGCUCUCGCUGCGGCGCAAUCUCUUCCGGCGAGUGCCCGCCCAGCUGCCGCUGGCGCUGCUCCAGCUUGACAUCAGCGACAAUCUGCUGGAGCGCCUGCUGCCCGAGGACACGGCUAACCUCACACAAGUCCGCCAGCUGUUUGUCGAGGACAUGUCCCUGCUGGAGGGCGUGGCCGCCAACGCGCUGGCACGCCUCGAGCUGCUGGAGUCGCUCAGCUUCCAGAACAGCCGCCACAUGAACCACUUUGAUGGCGACGCCUUCGGCGCCCUGCCCAAGGCAGGCUCGUCUUUUCCCACGCUCCGUUCGCUGUCCUUUCGUGGCACCAUUCUGCGCUCUUUUAAUGCCACGCUGUCUCCGGUUUUUGGACAACUUACCGAGCUGGACCUCAACGGUCUGCCGCUUCACUGCGACUGCGAGCUGGUCUGGCUGAAGCGGCUGCCCGUCGAGACUGGCGGACGCUGCUUCAAGCCGUCGCGCAUCCGCGGCAUGCUCGUCACCUCGGCCCGCCACGAGGCCUUCAGCUGCGACACCUGGCCGCGCUGGGCCUACGGCCUGGUGGUGCUCACCCUCAUCGCCCUCUGCGCCGUCGGCAUCUACCUCAUUGUGAUGGGUCUGCGGCCGCAUCGAGGCGUCACCAUGCGCAGAAAGGUGGGUGCUGGCAGCCCCUACGCGCGCGUCACCAUCGAACCCAAUCGACAGGAGAAUCUGAGUUAGGAGAAGUUUUCCGUGACUGUUUUGUGUAUGUAUUUCCA